AUGCACUGCUCAUGUGUUGGGAACCUCCGUUUGCUGAGACGCCCCUUGGAUGGAGCAAUCAAAUAUGAAAGGAGUAAAAUGAUGAGGACAAACCUGAACAUAGACAUAGGCAGGUGCUACUUCCAACAUACGAACGCAAACACAGCGUCGAGUAGCACCAAAGAGAAAAGGCACUACAAAGGGAAAGACGUAAAUUUAUGCACGCCGUUCAACCAUACCGCGAAUUUAUGUCACGAACGGACAGAUGGAAAUUUUUACACCUACGAUAUAAGUGCAACGGUUUUCAGGCUGCUAAAAUGUGUGCACAAAUUGCAGCAAAGGGAAGUUCCCAAUGUGAGUGGCCAAACGAGUAAUGAAAACAUGUCCACCAAUUAUCAAGUGGACAAACUAUUUUACUGCUACGUUUCGAUUUAUAACAAUAUAAGUAAAAAUUUAUUUUUAAAAUUAACGCUGGAGUUUUUAAAAUCCCCCGCACUUCACAUAAAGAUGAUACAAAAUGGCAGAUUUUAUCAUGAAGUGCUAUGCGAAAUAGUAAAGUGUGCAGAUGGCCCUGAAACAAUGGACAAAUCUUUUUUUUACGAAUAUGCAAUCAAAAUUUUAUCCGUCAUUUUGAAGAAUAAAAACGCCUUCAAUGACAUGUACGAAAGAAUAUUUUUCGAGGAUAUAAUAAAAAUGAUACGUGAGGAAAACAAUAUAAAUUAUUUUAUAAAAAAUUUUACGUUUUUAAUUUCGUGCAUUUCUUCUUAUAAAAGGAGGCUAAAAAAAGAGAUCCAUUUUAGCAGGCCAAAAGACGAUGAUGUCCAAAUGGAGUACCUCACACAGGACAAUCAGUUACUCCCCAUGCAGGAGAAAAAACAACUUUUACAAAAGUGCCUACCAAUUAUCCUGGACAUUUUUAACAAACUCCAGCAGUACAAUCACCUUAACGAUGUGGACAUUUGCAACAUUGUUGACUUCCUAAAUGAGUUUAAACAAUCUCAUAAAAUAAAAUCAGUCAUCUGUAAGGAGAUACAUAAAUAUUUCAAGCCAUCCACCGAUAUGAAGCAUUUAUGCUUAAUUUUGUACCUCCUGGCACAGUCGAAAAAUGAGGAAAUGCAGCUCACCCAGGUGGCCUACACACACGUGUACGAUAUUAUAUUCUGGAGGAGGCGUGAGUUGACCGAUCCGAAAAAUGUGAACCUUUUUCUGCUUGGCGUCACGAGAUGGCGCCGCAACAAGGGCGUCCAUGAAAGGAGGGGUACCCCCGUGCGGAUGACCACCACUACAGGUGUCACUCCCAACGGGUACGGAGAAAGACCACUGAGAAGGAGGAAGGUCCACUCAGUAAAGAGUAGAGGUAGACUGCAAAUUUCUUAUGCAACCAAAUCGAGAAGCACAAAUCUGCAGUUAUGCCAACGCGUGCGACACAAUUUUAUCAAAAAGCAGAAAAUGAAAAAAGAAAAAAAAAUGUACUUUUGGAUUAAAUACUGCUUCUUGCAGUUUAUAAAAAAGGGACAGUUAAACAGUAAAUAUGUUAAAACGUUUUACCAAUAUUUUUUGCCCUACCAUAUAAGUAAAAAUUGCACGAGAAAGAAGAAUUAUAUAUCCCCCUUAACGAUUGUACAAAAGGUAGGAAAAGUGUGA